UGACAAAUUCAGUGCUUUCAUUAUAGCCAAACCUUCAAUUUAUUUUUAAAAUUAAAGAAAAAGACAAUACGGUUGAAAAUAAAACGUAUACUCGAAAGGACAAAAGCACAAUGAACAGCGACAGCAUCGCAGACAGAGAGAUUGAAGAGACCGUGUGUAGACACCUUGUCCAUCUGUAGCUCUGUGGAAAAGCCCUGAACCCUUCAAGAUAUACAGCCGACAACCACCCUUCACCCCUGUCGCCUGCCCGUGAACUUGGAGGACAAAUGAUCUUGCCACCUUCUGAAAGUAUUGCUACAAAGACAGUGAGGAGGAAGUAGAUCAGUGCCAAACCGGGCCUUAGGAGGAUCAGGGGCGGGGCAGAGCGAGGGUCAUCUGUUUAAGACAUGCCCUCACCCCCCAAUGAUGGAGACGAUCAAGGAACGUCACCCGUGAACAUGCCACCAGCUCUCUCCAAUCAGAAUGGAGUGAAGAGGAAGGUUCACGCCAAGAAGAAGAAGAAGGGCUUUAUCACAGCCAACGUUGUUGGAACAAAAUAUGAGAUUGUUCGUAUUGUAAUAGAGGAGAUGAUCUUUCACAAAGCCAGAGAUGAUGAUGAGAUGGCCAAUCUCAUCUGGAACGACUCCACUGUGCAACAUGAGAAAAUUGCUGAGCUCAGGAAUUAUCAGAGGAUAAACCAUUUCCCAGGAAUGGGUGAGAUAUGUCGGAAAGACUGUUUGGCAAGGAACAUGGCCAAAAUGAUAAAAAGUCAGCCUCAGGAAUAUAACUUCAUCCCUAAAACCUGGAUCUUCCCAGCUGAGUGCACUCAGUACCAGAACUACGUGAAGGAGCUGAAACGAAAGCGCAAGCAGAAAACGUUCAUCAUUAAGCCUGCAAAUGGAGCUAUGGGUCAUGGGAUAUCUCUGAUUCGGAAUUGCGAAAAGCUCCCGGUCCAGGAUCACUUCAUUGUGCAGGAAUAUUUAGACAAGCCCUUCCUCAUGGAGGGAUACAAGUUUGACCUGAGAUUCUACAUCCUUGUCACUUCCUGUGAUCCACUGCGUGUCUUCCUCUACAAUGAUGGCCUGGUGCGAAUGGGCACAGAGAAGUACCAUGUACCCAACGAGUCAAACCUGAACCAGCUAUACAUGCACUUGACCAACUACUCUGUCAACAAACACAAUGAGAACUUUGAGCGUGACGAAACAGUAGAUAAAGGCAGCAAAAGAUCCAUCGGUUGGUUUACCGAGUUCCUUCGAACCAACGAUUACGAUGUGGCCAAAUUCUGGCGUGACGUAUCAGAGCUGGUGGUGAAGACCCUGAUAGUGGCUGAGCCGCACGUUCUCCACGCUUAUCGAAUGUGCCGUCCGGGACAGCCACCAGGGAGCGCCAGCGUCUGCUUUGAGGUGCUUGGCUUUGACAUCAUCCUGGAUCGCAAACUCAAGCCCUGGCUGCUAGAGAUCAAUCGUGCUCCGAGUUUUGGGACUGAUCAAAAGAUUGAUUAUGAUGUGAAGAAGGGAGUUUUGCUCGACGCCCUAAAACUGCUCAACAUCAGAGCGAGUGAUAAACGACGAAAUCUGGCCCAACAAAAGGCAGAAGCCCAACGGCGACUGUACGGACAAGGAUCCAUGCGAAAACUUACGGCUGGAUCGUCGGAUUGGGAGAAACAGCGUCACCUGCUAGAGCGCAGGAAAGAGGAACUGAAAGAAAGACUGGCCCAAGUCCGCAAGCAGGUCUCCAGGGAUGAGCAUGAAAAGCGCCACCUGGGGAACUACAGACGCAUUUACCCCCCAGAUGACAAGCUGCUCUUGGAGAAAUAUGAGAGUCUCCUUUCAGCCGCCUUUCAGACAUUCCUCGCUGGGCGAGCAGCUUCACUUCAAAAGGAAAUGAAUAAUCCACUGAAACUAAUGAAGGAGGAAGAUAUCCUUGACCUGCUGGAGCAGUGUGAACUGGACGAUGAGAAACUGAUGGGAAAAACCUCUAAACAGAAAGGACCUAAGGUCUUGUCCUCCAUGCCUGAGAGCAGCCCAUCACCCAGGGGGCACAGAGACACCCAGGACUCUUCAGGAAGCUGCAGCGAUAGCAGCUCUAUCUCAGAUGCUGAUGGAGAGGAUGAAAGCAGCAGUAUUACACAGGAGAAACUAAAUCGCCCUGAACGCUCCAGUCGUGUUCACUGGAAACCCUCCCCUAAACCAAUGCGAGGUCCUUCCUCCUCCCCCAACCUUUCUGGACUCAUUCGCCGUUCCAUGUCCUGUCCGCGUUCCAUAUCCUCUCUGACUGCGGCAAAAACAGCCACUCACACAUCUAAUGCCCUGACUGCAGCCACCCAACCAGUGUCCGCCGUGACACCCGUGACCCUAGUGCGACCGCACACGGCAUCUCGCUCCCAAUCGCUCAGUCGCAACAGUUCUGCAAACAGAGUUCCACAUAGCAGCAGUCUGGGUGCCAUUCAUCCCAAUACGGGGGAGACCCCGCUGAGUAAAGAGCAAGAAGCGGAGCUGAUGCAGCAGACGGUGGCGGCACUCGGGGAGAUGCGGAUUCGUUACCCGGGGAAGAGCGAAGAGGAGGCAGAGGCUGUGCUGGAUGAGAUACUGAACAACUGGAAAUACCAUAAACCCAAAGUGGCGUCUUACUGGCUGGUGAAGUUGGAUGCCACCAAACAGCGGAAGGUUUUGGACAUAGUUCGUACCAACAUCCGCUCGGUGCUGCAGAGGAUCUGGAUUGAACCUGAUGUGGAGAGUCUACGUCUCUAUCGCCUUUUCAAUCGCGUGUUUAACCGUCUACUCUGGAGUCAUGGUCAGGGGCUCUGGAACUGCUUGUCCAGCUCUGGCAGGUCGUCGUGGGAGAGCAUCUUCAAUAAGAGUAGUGAGGUGCUGUCUGUGCAGGAGCUGAGAUGCUGUCAGCGUGUCGUACAGCUCAGUAGAGACUGUCUGCUCGUGGUCUACAAGUUUGUGGCUGACUCCCGUGGUUCGCUCAGUGGACUCAGCCCAGACUGGGAUGACACAAGGUAUCUGCUGCCAGUCACCUCCCAGUUCAUCAUAAAAUGGCCGUCUGUGAGCUUCAGCCGCUCAGCAUCUUCUUCGCGCCCCCGCAGUGUCUUUACUGCACGAAUGGGCCACUUCUGAUGCCCGCUGGACUUCAAUGCCAAAUCCAGUGUUAGAAAGGCAUCACGCCUGGGACCUCCACAAACUCCAGCAGCAUAUUUAAAGGGAUUUGCCUGCCUGCAUUGUUAAUGCAUCAGAUGCAGAUGAUCGUGCAGUCCCUGCCUCCUGUUUGCUGUAAAAUAUCUGCUGCACUGCUAUCUCCUUUAGGAUGCUCUUUAAAGAUGAUGAACAUAUUGCAUUUAUUUUCAAGACUGUAACAUUAUUGCAUAAAUUACAUUGAAUGAUUCAGUCUCAUGGAGUAAACACAGGCCAUGUUCACAUUUGAGUUUUUUGUUGAUCAUGAUAUUAUUUUUACAAUGUUUCCUUAAAUUAUUUUGAUUUAUGCACAACAUGAUGUCACUUUCAUAACAAUAUGUUCAAUUUAUAUUUUAGUUCAGUUCUUCCCAAAGUAAACAUUACAAGAGUAAGGGGGCAUACACACAAGAUGCAUUCUUGCGUCCAAAAACAGCUAGAUGGAUCACAACAGAAUGGAUGUUACACUAUUUUUAACUUGACACGCCUGUGUCUCAGUAGUCAUAUAAACAGCCAGUCAGAACUUGAUUUAAGUUUCACUAACCUUAUAAAUUAGCAUUUUUAACAUGCUUUUUAAAAUGUACACUUAAACAGUAAUGGUUCUUGAUUCAUUUCUAGACACAAUUUAACUUGUGGCUCAGUGAGCCAGUGAGUAAUCAGAGCCAAUUCAGUCCAUGAUUCAGACUUUGACUCAGUUGUGUUCAAUUCAGUCUGAUUCCCAAGUUUGUUUGACUGAUUUAUUAAAAAGAACUGCACCAAUUUAGUGAUUUGAUUUUUAAUAGGAAUGCGUUGUUGCAUGCAGUCACUGAGGACAAUGCAAUCAAAAGUUGUGUUCACUAUUUAUUGUCAAUAUAUAAUUUUGAUACGCUUAAGUAAAAUUUUGCUGCACCUCUCUUACAAGCUCACAACAGCUAAUAUAUACUGUAUAUUAGGCAUGUCAUAAAAUAACGAUAUAUCGAUUAUUGAUUGGCACAUUAUUUUAUCAGUAUAUUUUUGAGGCAUCGAUAUAUUAACAUUAGCCAACAUUUAAAUUAGAUGCCUAAUUUGUGUGCUUUCCAGUUCACUCAGUUGGGCUUCUGUUGAAUGUCUGGCGUAAUAGCGUUGGGAAACCACAAGGGGGUGAUAGAACAUUUACUGAAGCAGGUCGUAAGGCACAGGUAUCACAACAUUGGAUGGGUAUUUUAGAGCUCCUUGCACAGGAUGCAUAAACACAAAAGUUAUGAAGGUUUUUGUACAACAAGAAUGAAAGUGACAUUGAUGAGUUUGCAGGUUAGUGUAUGAAACUGGUUUAACUGCGAAAACUGAACGAUUAGAAAUUAUUAUGCAAUUUCUCUGUAUGCAUCUUUGAUGAGGCUUCAUCCAAGCUUUCAAACUACAAAAAGACAUCCUUGUAACUGAAAUUACAUUCUGUAGGCUACAUGAAAGAUGCAUAUACACAAUAUAUCAUCAUCCACUGAUGGCUAGAGUAAAUAAUCUUUGUCCUUUUACAAUUAUUUGUGUUGAAUUUAAUGGAAAACUAUGCAAGUUCUGAUCCUCGGCACUGCAGAUUUUUGAGCAGCCUCGAGAGAUGGCGAGCCUGUGGAACAUACAUACCUGCAUACAUACCUUCAUAUAAAAUAAUUGUUUCGAAUUCUAGAACGUGCCAUGCCGUCCACCGUGCGACCCCCUUUAAUUUACUAUGCUGUUCACACCAACAAAGUUGUGUUAAGAAAUAUCUUUGAAAGACAGAUUUAUAUCUGAAAAAAUUCUGAUAUAUUUCGAUAAUCAUCAGGAAAAUCUUCUGAUUAUCGAGGAGUGAAAAAGGCAUUGAUCCCAAACCUAAUAUAUAUUAGGAUUGCCUUUUCAAAAAUAGCGCAAAUGGAAUGCAGGAAUGCACACUGUGUGAACGCCCUUUAAGAAUGAGUUAGAAAGGGUCAGGGUUAGUGUUAGUGUCUGAUGUAAGGUUAGGGUUUAGGUUAGAGGUUAGGAUUAGGAGUUAAUGGGAGUUAUAGAGUUAGGAAUAAAAAAUGCUUACUGUUUGGAGUAAAUGCUCUACGUUACACUAGACUAUAGUUGCCUGUUCUGAACUUAAAGCUAAGAUCACCUUAAUUUAAGGGACAUAAUCCUUCUUUAUAUAACAUUAUGAGCCAUAUUGUGUACAUGCAAAUAUUUACCUCAGUUUCUGAGCUGUCUGAUGUUUGUUGUUGCAGUGAAGAUGAGUGGGACGUUCAUUAUUGCUGCUGGUAGAGUUGCUAACAAACAUCCUUGAGAAAAAUGCGCGAAAACUUGGAUAGCAGCAUCUCAAAGAUACUUGAAUUAAUUUAUGUUAUUUAUUUUAUUAAACAAUGUCUGUUCACAUUUAUGUCUAAUUUAAAGUUUAAAAUAUGUUUAACCAUUUUAAUCAUGGCAUUACCAAUGUAUCAUUGAAAUAACUUUAUGAAAGUACUGUAAUAAGUGCUAUUUGCAGAGCUUUGCUUUGGAUCUAAUUAGGAUAAAUGUUCAUGUUUGUGUUUUAGUAAAAUUUACCUGGAUGUGCCAGCUCAUACCACGCUGUGCCAAUACUACUCACAAUUAGCAGUACAUAUUAAUUCGGUGGAAUACUGAGGAGCUGUGACUGUCAGCAGUAUUUAUCGUUUAAUAGAUUUAUGGUAUUUCCUGUAAAGAAUGUGUCUUUUAAAACAGUGGUUCUCAGCUGGCUUAAAAUUCAAUAAUUGAGGAAUUUAUUUGUGAAUUUUUUUUACAGGUCAUUUGUUAAUAUUACCAUGAAAAAUUGUAAAAAAAAAAAAUUUGUUUGUAAAUGUCUUUGGAAUUUCAAUGAUUUUAAGCUCUCAGAAGCCAAUAAAUCCCUGUUUAAAACAAAUUGUGGUUGGCACAAACCAUGUUAAUUUUCAUGUCAGCCUAGAUUUAGUGAAGUAUUUUUUUACCAUAAAUAUUUUUGUUCAUGUUUUUGAGGGUGAUGUCAUAACACGUAACCUGUUCAUGUUGGUUUCUGCUAACCUGACUAGCUUCUAUCAGAUUAAUGUGCACCAAGAACAGUUAAACCUUUGUAUUUUGCUAUCCUAACUAUGCAUGAUUAUAUGGUUAGUUACGUUUUAUUAUUUGCAUUUACCCUUGAGUACUGACCACCAGUUGAGAACCGCUGCUUUUAAAAACCUUGGCUGCUGGGUUUUGUUUUCAUGUUUAGUAAAAGAAAUUAUAGUGACAUUGUUUUGACAGCCAACUAAACCUUCUGUAAAUGGCGGUAACCUGACAUUUAUUCAACAGGCCAUAUCAGCCACCUUACAUUCAUGCCAGAAUGCCAAAUAUUAUUAUUUUUUUCCUGGAUUUUCAUUCAGGAUAAUGGUUUUAAUAGCAAUAAAUGGCUCAAAAAAA